AAUAGCGUCUGUAUUUGCCUUGACUGCUGACUAAGAAGAAGAAGCUGUUAAUUUGUUUUUAAAUUGUUUUUACAAUAAACAUCUGGAUAAAUAUUCAGACUGUAUCUCUACAAACGAUUGAUACAGUCCAAUAUUAAUGAUUGGAUUUAUAUUUUCCAAUCAUUUCCUCCAGAUGAACACUGUGGCCUUCUGCUACAACAAACCCAAUAAAUGUUUACAUACAUGCUGUUUACAGUUUUACUUGCCUUAAGUCACUUUUCUUAUCAUAUUUUGCGGAUAGUCUGUCUUUUAAAUACAGAAAUAAACAUGCACGAUAUUAGAAAUACAUAAAAUUGUAAUUAAUAAAACAAAUACCUUAUUGAAUAAAAGUCUAACAGCAUUUCUUCAUCUGUAAAAUCCUAGCUCAGCUGAUGUUGAUUAUUUAUUGGAUUAAUAUUUUUAUUGUAAAAAGUUACAGAAUCUGAAGCAGGUGAAGCUAAAACUGAAUCUACAGACAAAGAAAUGCAAAAUUUUUAUCAUUUUUGCUUUGCUGUUUUUUUAUUCUGUAUACUCCAGUUAAUAAUUAAUUGAUCAUUAAAUUAUCUGAUGAUUAUUGAUUCCGCUGUGAUCCACCUUGAUGCUGAAUUUCACCAGUGUGUGACAUAAAGGAUAUUUCUGUUCUGUUCCAACAUGGCGGCUCACUGCACAUUAUGGCGUCAUCCUCGUGUCGGUGUGAGGAAUACUCACAUCUUAAGACUGUUUGGAGAACAUGGUUGUUUAUGCUUUCCGAGUGUCAGGAACUCGUUGUUUCUGCAGGAGAAACUGUCGGGACGGAUGGCCAGGCGGUCACCAUCACCAGCGUCCCCCAGGCUGCCUUCACGGACCACGGCGUUCAGUACCAGUUCCGCACCGAGAACAACGGCGGACAGGUGACCUAUCGGGUGGUUCAGGUAACCGAGGAUCAGUUGGAAGCGACGGCGGAGGCGACCGGCGCCGUCAGCGUCGUCUCCGCUGCUGCGUUCGCUGGAGCUCCUCAAGCCGUGGCUCAGGCGGUUAUCCAGAACUCCUUCAGUAACGGAGGCAGUCCAGGUGGGGACGCCGUUGGAGGAGAAACGCGUUUCGCUUAUUUUCCCGCGGCCGCCGUCACCGACGGAACGGCGGUGUCGGUCCAGGGCGCCGACCCGGCCAUCACCCAGGCGGGAGGCCAGUUUUACGUCAUGAUGAGUCCGUCGGAGGUUCUGCAGACGGCGAGUCCUCGCACCAUCGCACCCAGAACGCACACCUACACCACGAAGGUCGACGGUCCGCGGGCCCCCAGAGACGAGAGGCGACGAGCUCAGCACAACGAAGUGGAGAGAAGAAGACGAGACAAGAUCAACAACUGGAUCGUCACGCUGUCGAAGUUGAUCCCGGACUGCAGCGUGGACACCAGAACCGGAGCGAGCAAAGGAGGCAUCCUGUCGAAGGCCUGCGACUACAUCCGAGAGCUGCGGCAGAACAACCAGCGGCUGCAGGACGGCUACAAGGAGGUGGAGCGGGUGGAGAUGGACAACGAGCUGCUCAGGCAACAGAUGGAGGAGCUGAAGAACGAGAACGCUCUGCUCCGAGCUCAGCUGCAGCAGCACGGCGUGGAGGUCAACGGGGACGAGACGCCGCAGUGAGCGCUGGACCCCGCAGCGUCAACACGACCCCCUUCAUCCCCGGUGGACCCGAGCCGGACCCGGAGCGGGGACGGCGCCGCCUCCUGCCCCGACAGUUCUUCAUCUGCACACGGCUCCCAACCUCCUCAUCUCGGCUUCUUCCUGCACUCCGGCCUCCUCGCGUGUGAAGCUACUGGUCGUGACCUGAACGUUGAGCCGCCGCCGGACUCUGACUGGACUCUGACCGGGCCGCCGGACUCUGACCGGGCCGCCGGACUCUGACGCAGUUGAAGGCUUUUAUUUUUAGAUUUUUUGUUGUUGACGUAGCUCAGGUAACGGGACGUGGAGAACCUCGUCCCGUUGGGUUUGGUCCCGUUGGGUUUGGUCCCGUUGGGUUUGGUCCCGUUGGAUGAAGUGUACAGAAACUGAUCUCUCAGACGAUUUUUAGCAUUUCUGCUCCGUCUGCUGGGCAUUAACUGAUGCCGUUAGUAGAACCUCGCCUUGGGGAACCAGGACUCCUCGAUCUGGGAUCAGCUCCUCCAACCGUACUGACGACUAGCGAGUUUCUGUUUACACUGAAAGUCACGGCGGCUUGGACACAGAACCACUGGCAUGACUAAUCCUGACACAAUAAAACAGACGUAUUUA